ACAGAUGAACUCUUUCGCCACCAGAAGAUAUAACCUUUGACAGUCAUGACUCUGCUACACCAGAAUGCUCUUUGUUGCCGACACGAGACUUGUCGAGCUGAAGGCUAUAAUCUUGGCACAAGCUGCGGGGCUUCACGUGGACACUAACCGUACGCUGUGAACCGCCCUCAAUCGGCAUAUAUCCGCUAGGGAGUCCAGACUAUCCAUGCGGAAUCAAAGCGUCUCAGCCAGACUCCUUAAACGCAACUUAGCAACCUGGUGCCAUUCGCCCUCGAACUUUGUUGAUACUCACAACUCAAUGUCCCUCACUCCGUCUUUGGUCAAACUACCUCUCCUACUUACCAACGCUCUGCUAUGUAGGAGGGCUGUACAGCCCCCUAACCCUCCUUCUGCGGCAGAAGAAAGACAGAAGUAUGAGGAGAAUAAGAAGACUAGAGAUUUUCUUGAUCGUAUUACGCCAUGGUACCUCCCGGCUCUUCCAAUCGCAUUUCAUGUUAUGAGUGCCAUUGAGGCAUACGUGAUUCUGUCCACCGCCUUGCCUUUCCUCCAAGCCCCUUUCAUCUAUCGGCUCCUCGUUCCAGGUGAUUCCACAGACCUGCUCCCUCGAAUCCAUGUGACUCCAAGCUUCACGUUCGGGUCCCUCCUCAUCUUCGCGGGUACAAUGUUGCGCCUCGCCUGUUACAGCAAAAUGGGUCCUCAGUUUACUUUCGACCUCUCCAUCCGCAAAGAGCACAAACUCGUUACGGACGGCCCCUACUCUAUCGUUCGACAUCCCAGUUAUCUCGGUACCUUCCUCUACUCAGUCGGUCUUCUCUUGGCCCAAUUCGGCAGCGGUUCUUGGUGGCAGGAGUGCGGAAUCUGGGACUAUCCGCUUGGGAAGGUCAUGGGUCUCAUUAGGAUUGCUUUUCAAGUCAGCCUUGUCACUUUGCUUUUCGUCCGUGUCCCCGCAGAAGAUCUGGUGUUGCAGAACGAGUUUAAGGAGCAAUGGGUAGCUUGGACGAAGAAGACUCCGUAUAAACUCUUCCCUGGUAUUUACUGAGUCGGCGUGUACAUAUUGAGUCCUUCCAUUGCAUUGACGAUGCCGGAUUUGCUAACAAUUUCUUGUCCCCGAGUCGGCUCAUAGCGGAUCAGCUAGGCCUCGCUCGCAUUCCCUCCCUGUCAUCGAAUCGGUGGCGGGACUUACCAUGUGUCUUUAGCAUUGCAUCACUCUGGUGGGGAUCAGAAAUCCGCGAUCAGGCCAACAUAUUUGGGCGGCCAAGGGAUGGGAAGCGGUGCCGAUCUUCCUUCACCUGCGCCUAUAGAAUAAUUUGCUCGCUUUAAA